AUUUUUUUUGUUUUAUUUACAAGCAGAUGCAAACGCAGCAGACAAAAAAAACUCAAGCUAAGGCCAAAGAUUCGUUUCUGUCGCACUAAGCCUGGGUAAUAAUCAUGAGUAAAAUACCUUUCCGCUCGAAAUUUAACUGGCCACUGGAAGAAGGGGACCCGGACAGUUUCAUAUCCCACAGCAUUCAGGAGGACGCGGAAGAAUGUGUUGAGAUUACCCAGGAUGAGCUGCUUAAUUUGGAGUCCUGCUUGGUUCUGAGUACACCCAAUUCGGAGACUUUUUGUGAGCAAUCAAUUAGCACCAAUCCGGUCUACAGAAUCGUAAAAUUAGCUCUCAUUGCCGAAUGUAGUAAAAUCGAAACCUAUCUAAAUCGCACCGGUGAGUACCAUCGUACCUACGAUGGGGAUCUGAUAUUCGAUGGAGGGGACGGCAGUAAGCUUUACCGAUUCGAUUUGGAUUUCGGCAAGCCUCACAACUGCAUGGAGCUUAAGUUGCGGUUUGUAGCACCGCGAAACGAAAAUCUUUGUCUUUAUGGCAUGCAGUUGGUUCUGCGAAAGAAUGGCAAUCCCAUGGCAAUGUUCUCAGCAGCCUUCAGUCAAGAUCGGGGCGAAGAAAUGUCUAGGGAAGAGCUUACCGAGAGAAUGGCACAGUUGGGCACAAGACCAAAUCACCAGUCUCUUCACAUGUUCAAUAACCAUUCGUCUUCGUUGGGACGAUUUUCGAAUAGACCUGAUCCUGGGACAAGUCAUGGGCCUCCUUCCUUCACGGAAGUGCUUCUGAAGCAAUAUAUCGACGAUAAAUUCAGCCAACUAGAGCAACUGCUGGAUAAGAAAUUUUCCGCGCUGGAAACGAAGCAGAACGAAAAACUAGAUAGGAUCCUAGCCCUUUUGGAAACAAACAAUAAAGUGGUUCCUUAGUUCCUGAUUUUUAUUUAAAUCUGUUUUCUAAAUAUUUGAUUACGAAACUAAUGUAUAGUUAUUCAACAUAUUAUGUGUUCGAUAAGAUUUACAUAACAUAAAUAUAAUAGAUAAUUAUGUCUUAACUUAGGGUGCAAACAACGGAGUUUCCCCCAAAAUUCCUCAAA